AUGCUUCGUUAUGAAAUUCAGCUCAAUUUCUUUCAUCCAACCAUUCAACCGUCCACUUCAUCCCCAGCCUCCGCUAUACGCGGAGGUCUUCGAGAUAAUAUAAUCGCGAGCAGUGGUCGGAGGGCGAUUCGGAGUGAUCCACCAACAUAUUCGUCGAUAUUGGAAGACAACAGUGAGGAAUACACGUCAGAGGCGGAAUCAGAAGCUAGUAUCGACAAGCGGCCGGAUCACGUCCCGGCCAGGUUUGUGCCAACACAACGGAGCGACGAUGGUGGAUAUCCGAGUCAUCACCAUCACGAAGCAUUCAAUCGGACAGUGUCAGCUGUGUCAUUGCCAGUUGGUAAACAACUAAAAGAUAUGUCAGAUAAGACACAGUAUGAGAGAGCCAUCGAACAACUCAACAAUGAUCCGAUGGUUCAUAAAGAGGUUGCUCUUGGCAGGCGGAUAGGUUUUUAUCGGCUUGGAAAAGAACUUGGUGCUGGAAACUUCUCCAAAGUCAAGCUAGGAGUUCACCAACUCACCAAAGAAAAAGUCGCUAUAAAAAUCAUGGACAAGGCGAAAAUGGACCAGAAAGCGCAGAAACUUCUAACCCGAGAAAUCCAGUCGAUGGAGAAGAUGAAUCAUCCGAAUAUAGUGAAAUUGUUCGAGUGUGUUGAGACAUUGACACGUGUCCAUCUAGUGGUCGAGUAUGCGAGUGGAGGAGAGUUGUAUACGUAUGUUCAUGAGAGAGGAAAGUUGAGUGAAGCGGAUGCCAAACCAUUGUUCGCUCAGAUUGUGUCGGCGGUGGCGCAUAUGCACUCCCGAAACCUGGUCCAUCGAGAUAUCAAAGCAGAAAAUGUGAUGUUUAGCAGUCCGACCCAAGUGAAAUUAGUCGAUUUCGGGUUUUCUUGUCUAGUGGAACGAGACCAACUUCUGCAGACUUUUUGUGGAAGUCCACCUUACGCGGCACCGGAACUUUUUAGAGACAAGUCCUAUUCCGGAGAGCUUGUUGACAUCUGGGCUCUCGGUGUUCUUCUAUUUUUCAUGCUUGUCGGUGUGACCCCGUUCAAAGGAGAAACAGUGGCAGAUAUGAAAGUGAUGAUUAUGGAGGGCAAAUUUCAACUUCCUGAAUACAUCAGUUUGAUGGCUGGAGAGCUUAUAAAGGGAAUGUUGAAAACUGAAACUGAUAAGAGAGCGGAUAUUGAGUAUGUGAAGAAAAACUUCUGGAUGAGAGAUUGUCGCUUCACAAAGAGUUAUUUGUCGAUAAAGGCGAAUAUCAAAAUUGAUGAUGAGACGGAGAAAAGUGCGAUUAAUGAUAAGGUGUGGAAAAUAAUGAAUAACUACGGUAUCACCAGAGAAAUGCUGGUGGAGGAGAAUAUGGAUAAGGGGCCGAGAGACGCUGUAAUUGGGACAUACCGUAUUGUUCAGUUUCAAGUGCAAGGAGAAAUGGCAAAGAUUGCAAAAGACAAAGAAACGCCACCACCCAGUUCAUCUUCCAUCACCAAUGGAUCUCCGAAUCAUUUGAGUAAAAAAGAGAAAUUCAACAAGAAUCGAAGCACGACUUGUCUGAUAUUGUAA